CUCUGAAGUCUCUGCACGGCAUUUCCCAUCGAAGAAUACUGUAGGAAAGGCAGACAGGAUGUUACGUUUAUUAUUUGUCCUUGCAGUAACUAGUUUGGCUCUAGCAGCCCCACAUGAGGAAUUGGUUGAGAAGCGUGGCCUGCCCAAGUAUCACGUUGUGCUAGGACCAAUGACCUGGUUUGAAGCAAGAGAUGCAUGUAAAGCUGUGCCUACUUGUAAACUCGCUGAACCCAAAAGUCUGGCUCAAAUGAACGAGAUAAUGAACGUAUUUGUGCCAGGUUUUAAUUGGAUUGGUAUAACCGAUCUACUUGUCAGUGAUACCUUUGCUUAUGACUCAAGCAAUUCGCCCAUUGUUUACGAGAACUGGGAUGCAAACGAACCAAACAAUGAAAAUGGAACCGAGGACUGUACAGAAAUCUGGAAAUUCGAUGGCACAUGGAAUGACGUUAAUUGCUCAUUGGCACGAGGCAAUGCAAUCUGCGAGUGUCCUACUAAUGGCCCAAUCGGUGAUCCUCAUAUGAGGACAUUCGAUGGGCGUGCAUAUACAUUCCAAGGCAUAGGCUGGUACUAUCUGUUCAAGGACUGCACCGAAAACCCUCGUUUUGAAGUCACAACCAAGUUUGAACGAAGAGAAGAUAGUACCCCAGACCAAAUCAAGACACGAACUAUUGCAAUCAACAUAACUGUUGGAAAUCAAUACGCAAUUAUUGAUGGCCUUGACGUUACUACAGGAAGUACAGGUGGCAUGGUGACAGACGCAAAACGUAUAACAAUCCAGGAAGAAGAGAAAAAUAUAAACUGCACUUCACUUCGAAGGACACGACAUUCACUUUUAACUGGACUCUGAGAAAGCAUGAAUUAGAUGUAUCCUACUCUGGCUCUUUUUACAACGGAAAGCUAUGCGGUCUGAUGGGUAAUGCAGAUGGUGAUACUCGCAAUGACUUCCAGAAACCAGAUGGUAGCAUUUCCAAAGACGUUCUUGAAUUUAGUGAAAGCUGGAAAGUAACUGGCAAAAAGUAAAUGAGACUAGGAAUCCAACAACUCGUGAAAAGACAGGUGUGGCAACAGUUUUAUCCGUUUUGGAAAUCUGUCAACAUUUUCUGCUGGUGUUUGAAUAUAAGCAGUAUUGAUUGCAGUAUGGAAUUUAAUGACCCUAUAACACGUGAAUAAUACAUUACUUUUAGGGGGAAAUUAGAAGAUAUAUUCUAUUGCUUGGUUAGUUCAAUAAAAAGACGUGAAAAGCACACGUUUAAGUUUCAAAUA